UGACAACAAAGAUGGCGGACACACUUCUACUGAAAGCUUUGAAAUCUCAACCAAAAGUGGUUAAUUUGAAUAAUAGCCAUUUAGAUCGGGUACCAAGCAUAAUAGGAAAUCUAACAGAUGUAUUGCAGAUUCGAUUGAAGAAUAAUUCGAUCGCUGAAUUGCCACCAGAGUUUGGGAAAUUGACACAGUUAGAGAUCCUGAAUCUAGGAAACAACAUAUUUGAAGAAUUACCCGAUGCCUUGAAAUAUCUCUCCUCACUUUUAAAACUGCAUUUGUUCAACAAUAGAGUAAAGAUAUUGGCACCCUCUAUUUUAUAUCAUAUGAGAAACUUGACAUUCCUUAAUCUAAAUAACAAUAAAAUAAGAAGACUUCCACCAGAGAUAUGCAAAUUAGCAAGUCUACAACAUUUAAGUAUGGACAACAAUUUACUUAUGGAUCUUCCAUUUGAGAUGUGUGCCCUUACAAACCUACAAGAACUCCAUGCUGCUGGCAACCACCUUGCUGGACUCCCACUGGAGAUGGGCUUCCUUAUUAAUAUUGAAAAGCUAUAUUUACAGAAGAAUAAAAUUAAAGAAUUACCAGAGAGUUUAGGGAAAUGUUACAAACUUCGUGUUUUGGAUAUUGCUGCAAAUGAGUUGAGGAUAUUUCCAACAGAGAUUGGAGCACUUCCUCUGAAAGAAUUGUAUUGCGAGCAGAAUCCAUUGUUACAGUAUGUCCCUGUACAUUCAGUACAAGAGGAAGAAGUCCUAGCUCUGAAGGAGUUGGUUGCUCGAUUUAUCAUGAGAGAAUUAAAAGAUAGGUGGUCAUACCUAAGACGUGCAAUACGCCACUACCCCUCGGUGAAGGAGAUGUUGGCGCAGUCAAGUAAAUGCUCUGUUUGUGGAGAAUCAUUCUUGAACACAUGGCUAGAAUGUGUCACAUUCAUAGAUGCACAUAAGUUACUGAAGACGAGCAAUGCAUGUGGGACAAUACCUGUGAGAGCUCUGUUGUGCUCAUACAAAUGUUUCAAUGCUCCGGGACAUGAAUAUUAUGGAGUUGCAUUCCCUUAAAGUGUUAGUCAAACAGUAUUUUAAUGCAACAAGACAUGAAUAUCAUGGAGUUGCAUUCCCUUAAAGUGUCAGUCAAACAAUAUUUCAGUGCUUCAGGGACAUGGCAUGAAUAUCAUGGAG